AAGGCGAGGAUGCAAAGGGCAGGGGACGUGGUGGGUAAUGAUUGAGAGGAGCUCAUUUAAUGAUUGAGGCCGUUCCCGUGGCCGUUAGCUGCCCGUGCCAGAGCCGGGCUGUCUCUGCGGGCUGCUUGAGGGCAGCCCCAUGGGGAGCGCAUCCGGAGCUGUCGCUGAUUAACUCGCAGCCUUGCCCUUGCAAAGCCAUCGGCCUGGCACAGCACAAGCUCCUCACCCUGUCCCGGAGGCAGGGAGAACCGAACGGGCUUCCCCAUAUCACUGCUUUGCCAUUUGGUGCUGAUUCAACAUGGAAUCAGCUGACUUUUUGCUCUGCAAAACCUUUUGGGCCCUUUUUUUGGGGGCCUUUGUUCUUGCAACGUGAGCCCGGCCACCUGGCCACGUGCACGGCGGAGACUUGAGCAAAUAGCAGAGGGAGGCAAAGUAGUUUUUAACCCAAUCCAAACAGACUAAUGUUGUCCAAAUAUUUAUUUUCUUCAACGAUAUUUUUAGAUAAGCAGCUUUUAAAAAUAAAAGCUGUUUGACACGCUUCCUCCUACGCGCUUUCCGCGUCUUAAGUCUUUAGGAGAAGGCAGGCGUUCGCGUAGCGUUCAGACCAAAAUAACAGCCCUCUGCUAGGAGACUCUGCAAACAGGACAUUGUGUCCCGUGAUUGAUGGACCUGAAGAUUUGGAACCAGCUUGGAAAAUUGGAGUGCUGCUGGUGUCCUUACGCGACAAGCGGAGAGCAAACAGCGCCUGACGUCACGGCGCGCCGCCGAAACGCAGGUCUGGCUCCUCCAGCAAAGCAAAACUUGCAGGUGUUUGCAGGAAAAAAUGCCCAAAUUUCCAGGUGUCACAAAGAUCAAGCAAAUCCCCAGGAGCAGAAGGUCCCUGGGGCUCCUUUUAAACCGGUAGCAAUGCCCUGGGGAGAGGUGGAGAUGCAAAGAGCAGGUAGCGCGCCAUGGGAACCCUUCUCGUGGGUGAGUACAGGGGUGGGUGAGCCCAUGGUAGCUCAGACCACGUCCUGUGUUUUGUCCCACUGAAACAAUGCUCAGAUUAACGUUUGGACAGGAGCAAAGAGCCGGCCCCUGUCUCCGUAGCUGACCAAGCAACCUAAAAAAUGCUCUGCGCAAAGCGCGGUCUUGGCGUUUUGCUGCUUUGGCAGCAUUUUGGCACCUAUUGCUGCAGCUUUUCUUGGUUGGGGCAGCACCAUCAGGCACCUUCUGCACCAAAAACCAUCUCGGAGGCCUCCUGGGAUGUUCCCGGGGUGGGCAGAGAGCCGGCUCCUCUGAUGGUGCUCCUUGUUCCGAUGUUAUCUCGUAAUCACGACGCGCGGAGAGAAUGCGCCGCGUUGUUGGAAAGGAGAGCGCUGCCAUGCCCCGGUGCACAAAGCUGCCUGCUGGAAGCUCACGGCUCCGGUUGCUGCGGCUCAUUUGGUGCAGCCGUUGUUAACGAGGGAAACGUGUUGACUUGUACCAGCUAAUUACCUGGGAAGGGCUGGAAAAUUCAGCGGCGGCAGCGCGCCCCGGCCGGGGCCCAGGACCCGCCUGCUCUGGGCAGGAGUUAACUUGUAAGCGACCCCCUUAGCAAAUUGUUACUGAAUUAAUGAAACCUGACCAAGGAGCCUAAAAAUAACCUUCCUGCGGACUUUGCUGCUGGUGAAAUGAGUGGGGACAAGGUGUGCUGCUGUUAUUUAUAGGUCGCAUCAGGGAUCUUUAAACUCUGGUGUCUUCCCCCGGCUGUCAUUGGUGGCGAUGAGGACAGCCACGGGCAAGGACGGGCUGGAUUUGCUCCGCUGCCGAUGGGUCCGAAGCAGAAAUAAGAGUGAGAUGGGGGUAAAGAGGAGGAGGAGGAAGAGGGCAGAUGUUGACAAGCCUUGUGCUUGCGUUAAUUUGAGGUCUGGCGCAGGCAGCCCCAUCUCCUUCCCGGGUCCUGGGGUGCUCGGACCUAAAAGCCAGGCUGGUUUUUGACAUCAUCCUCAGCCACGUUUGCAGGGAAAUCGCCAGUGGGCUCGAUGCUGCGGUGAUGGGCUGGAGAAGGACAACAAGGCGAAGGGAAUCUGGCAAAAAAACUCCCCGGGGAGGGGACGAGGUGGAGGCUGGAGGGCGGCAGGAACACGCUGAGCCCGGCGAGCGCAUGGGAGCAGCGAGGGUCAGGGCCGGGCUGGGGGCAGCAGCAGCCGUCGGGCUGAUCCCCGGCCCCGCCGCACCGCCUGCGGUUCAACCCCGAGCUCUCUGCAGCCAGCGUUAGCAAAUAUUUGUGGUUUUCCACCCAUCUUAUCUGCGUGGGGUAAAGCACAGGGCAAGCUGACAGCGGCUGGGGCUCAGCGGAGGCAAAGCCCCCCCCUCGCAGCCCAGGCGAGAAGCCGCGGUGGUGGGAGACGUGCGCAGGAGCUGCUGCUCUUUGGAUGGGGUAAAUGAGGACAGGUUCCCACCCCGGGGUUACCGCUGCCUGCCCUGCCUGCUAGCCACUGAUUUCUCCUAGGAUAAAGCAGCACCAAGGGUCCUAUUGCCUGGGUGGCGAGAAAACGCUGAAGUUAUCCCUUUUGCCCUCAAAAAUUGCCUUCUGCCAGCUGCCUGGCACUCGGGAAGGGACAUCCAUCCCUCCAGGGACCUGGGUGUCGCAGCCGCCCCUAACCCGUGGGUGAUUCACCUCUCCUGGUGUCUCUGCCCUGUUUUCCCCUGGCUUUUAUCAGCUCUCCGAUAUUUACAGCGUGUGCAGGCGGGGACAGGGGACAGGCUUCCCCUCGGCUGCCCCAUGCCUGCACGGUCUAAAGGUGUUGCUGCAAAGCAGGGCGAUAAAUAAUGUGAAUAACGUGGUGCUGCAGCAGCCUCGUGGCGCUGCGUUUGUCCUCUCCCCGCUGUGUUACUGCCGGGGAAUUUUUUUGUGCUUGUCUCAGUGCCCAUCAGCUGGGAUCAGGGAGUCUCCUUGGAAGGCUCCCAGCUGCACUCUGCAUCCUGGGGCCGUUUGUCUGUCUGCAGGACCUCAGAUCGGUGAUCCCCGUCUCCGAUGUCACAGCGAGGUCUGGUUUGCCUGGGGUCUGCGCCCCACGGGGCUGCUCCUCCACUUUCCCCUUUCCCAAGGAGAAGGCUUGCGGUUGCAGUCACGAGCAGGUGAUGCUCAGCUUUCUCACCACGAGGCCCAAUUCGUGAUCUCAGCGCUGAAAAUCCCCUAAAGGGAGGAGAAUUAAAAGUCAUCCUCUGGGAGCCGGGGAGAGAGGAGGAGAAGCUGGAAGGAGAAAGGGGAAUUUCCCGGCUCCGUGAGACCAUGGACGAGGGCCGUGGGUGCGCCAGGAGGGAGCUGGUGCCUGCAGCCCUCCCCCGCUUCCCCGAACAGACGGCGGGACUCGAAACCGAGCAGCGUCCCCAGGGCCCCAAAGUCAUCCUGACGGACGAGGAGGUCCAGAGGAAGCGCGAGAUGAUCCUGAAGCGCAAGGAGGAGGAGGCGCUGAAGGAGAGCCUGAAGCCCAAGCUCUCGGAGGAGCAGCAGAAAGUCAUCGACAUCCUCCUGGAGGCCCACCACAAGACCUACGACCCCACGUACUCUGACUUCACCAAAUUUCGGCCCCCGGUGAGAAGCAGGUCCAGCAGCAGGGUGGCGGCGCGGUCGUCCUCCAUGCUCACCCAGGACUUCUCCUCCGAGGACUCCACCGACGCCUUUGGCUCCGACGCCUUCAGCACGUUCCCCGAGUCCGUGGAGCCCCCGAUGUUCUCCAACCUGGUCCUGUCGGAGGAGAACGACGAGAGCUCCUCCAUGAACAUCGAGUUCUCCCACCUCUCCAUGCUGCCCCACUUGGCCGACCUGGUCAGCUACAGCAUCCAGAAGGUGAUCGGCUUUGCCAAAAUGAUCCCGGGAUUCAGGGACCUGACGGCGGAGGACCAGAUCGCCCUGCUGAAAUCCAGCGCCAUCGAGGUGAUCAUGCUGCGCUCCAACCAGUCCUUCACCCUGGAGGACAUGUCCUGGACCUGCGGCAGCGCUGACUUCAAGUACAAAGUCAGCGAUGUCACCCAAGCCGGCCACAGCAUGGACCUGCUGGAGCCACUGGUGAAAUUCCAGGUGGGCCUGAAGAAGCUGAACCUUCACGAGGAGGAGCACGUGCUGCUCAUGGCCAUCUGCAUCCUGUCCCCAGACCGCCCCGGCGUGCAGGACACCUCUCUGGUGGAGGCCAUCCAGGAUCGCCUGUCGGACACCCUGCAGACCUACAUCCGCUGCCGGCACCCCCCUCCCGGCAGCCGCCUGCUCUACGCCAAAAUGAUCCAAAAAUUGGCCGACCUGCGCAGCCUCAACGAGGAGCACUCCAAGCAGUACCGCUGCCUCUCCUUCCAGCCCGAGCACAGCAUGCAGCUCACCCCGCUGGUGCUCGAGGUUUUCGGCAACGAGAUCUCCUGACUCCCCACCCCACCGCCACCACCCUGAAGCCCGGGGGGAGUCCCCAAAAUAAAGGGAGAAGUCAGCCCGGCCUCCCCCCGGGGGGGUCGGUUUCACACUACUGCAGCUCCUGCUUUAGGCUCGGCCACGGCUGCAGAGCGGGCACGGACCGAAACCUGCACGUUUUGUCCCCAAACCUUCCGCCGGCGGUUUUCCAGCUGACUUUCUCCCUUUAUCUGGAUGGUUUUGAGGCCAGGCUGCCUCGAAUCGGUUCUUUCUGGCCUGAGAACUUGGGAUUUUGGGCAGAAAGCGGGGGUUUUGCACAUCCAUGGCGCCGGCUCCUGCUCCCCUCCGGGACCCCGGGGACCCCCACGCUCGCCCCCCCUUCCCGAAGGACGAUGCCGACGGGGCGGCACACCCCAAAUCCCCGCGGGGAAACGCCGUGGUCAUGCUAAAAGCACUCCUCCGAGGCAAAACGGGGAGAAAAAAGGAGAAAAAAGCGCAUCUGGGAGCAGCCGAGCUGCGUUCCUAACACUACUGCCUGCUGGGGGGAGCGGAGCUGGUGGGGGGGUCUCCUGCAGCCCCCCCCCCCCCCGAGCCCUCAUUGUGGGGCUGGGGUCUGCGACCACCCGUGGGCUAACGAGGCAUCGCCUUAACGAUGGAGGUGGGGGCUUGGGGGGGGCACACUGAGGUUUCCUGUGCACCCAUACCGGGACUUCUGAGGCUGCCGGGGGUGCCCUGUCCCCUGCUGUCCCCCCCCCUCCAGAGGUGGCCUUAGGGGAGGGCAGCUCGGGGACCCCGGAGGCCCCAACCCCCCCCCCCCCCACGGCCGCCCCCCUCCACGGGACACCGGGUCCUGGCCCCGGGGACAGCGGUGACACCGGGGUGGCCGUGCACUUUAUGGGGGGGGGGGGACACGGACAUGACACCAGGUCGGUCGCUGCAGCCACCGCUGCCACCACCACGUGCUGCUCUGUGCAAAUAAAUAUCGCUUGGGAACGGCGCCCGGGCUGGUUUUUGGGGA